AUGACCUGCCAGCGAGCCUUCUCUUCCGCCUGCGUACGAGGUUCUGAAGACAAGCGUGCAGCGUCUGCCAAGAUCUUUUCGCUCGACGAGGUCGAGGCGGGAAUCAAGGCGCUGGAAGAUGCCGGAUACGAGCGGGCAAGCGUGUGGGAGCAGCGCGUGGUAUGGGGAGACCACGACCAGUUCCAGCACGUCAACAACGUCCACUUUGUACGCUGGUUCGAAAACGCACGCAUGUUCUUCGCCAACUCCUUCCUCGAAACGGACAACUUUACCCCAGAACGCAAACUCGAAAUCACAAGAGGUACAGGAAAGUCGUUCAUCCUCGCCGGUAUCAACGUCAGAUACAGAAGACCAGUCGUAUACCCAGACACUGCAUGUGAACUGCCGCUCGGUAAGGAUCGAUUCAUGCUCCGAGGCGCAGCAUACUCGUUGGCACAAAAGACCAUCGUCGCCGUAUCGGCACAGGACUGCGUCACGUACGACUACACCCAGCUCAAGAAAUGCGACAUCCCUCAAGAUCUGCGCACCGCACUCGAGAAACGCGGCUCGCACUUUGACAAGAAGCUCUAG